GGAAGAGAAGGGGCAGCUCUCCCAGCCAUCUUGUGGCCGCAUCCCGCGAUUCGUUCGCAUCAAGCCUCGUAGAAUCGGAGGUGAAUCCCGCUGAAGGGGCGCCAUCAUGCCCGGACACCUGCAGGAAGGCUUCGGCUGCGUCGUGACCAACCGGUUCGACCAGCUUCUGGACGACGAGUCGGAUCCGUUCGAGAUCCUGAAGGCGGCCGAGAACAAGAAGAAGGAGGGGGCCGCCGCGGGCUCCGCCAAGUCCGCGGCGCAGGCAGCCAAGCAGCCGAAGAAGGAGUCCCAGAAGGACCGGAAGAACCCGCUACUGGACAAGAAGGAGGAGAGCCAGCCCCCUGUCCCCCUGAAGAAAGAAGGAAUCAGGCGGGUGGGCCGGAGACCGGAUCAGCAGGGCCAGCCCGGUUCCCAGCACCAGGGAGGCCAGGGCGGCCAGGGAGGCCAGGGCGAAGGGCGACCCGGGGACAAGAGGCCGGACAGGAGACCUCCCCGAGAGCGCCGCUUCGAGAAGCCCGCCGAGGACAAGCCCGAGGGACCUGGCGAGUUCUCAGCAGACAAGCCUCCUGGAGACCGGCCCCCUCGAGGGCGUGGUGGCGGCCGGGGUGGGCGCGGUGGAAGAGGGCGGGGCAUGGGCCGAGGAGACGGCUUCGACUCCCGUGGGAAACGAGACUUCGAGCGACACAGCGGCAGUGACAAAUCCAAUCAGAAGGUUGAGGAGAAGCGCAGUGGCAGCGGCCCACACAACUGGGGCAACGUGAAGGAAGAAGCGAGUGAGACUGAACCGACUGCCGCCCCGGAGACGACCCCAGAAGGAGAGGAACCUGCACCUGCUGGAUCUGAGAACAAGGAGAACGAGGCGGAAGAGGUGAAAAACGAAGGCCCCAAAGAAAUGACCCUGGACGAGUGGAAGGCCAUGCAGGACAAGGAGCGCACCAAGGUGGAGUUCAACAUCCGGAAGCCCAACGAGGGCGCCGACAGCCAGUGGAAGAAAGGAUACGUGCUGCACAAGUCCAAGAGCGAGGACGUAUGCGUCGAGAAGCCUGUCGGUGCUGUGAUUGACCCCCCAGAGAUUGAACCAGAAGCUCCACCAGUUUACCAGAAGCCGCCCGGCCCCAUCGACGAGUCCAGCGAGCACCAUUUCCGCAAACCAGCCAACGACAUCACAUCCCAGCUGGAGAUCAACUUUGGAGACCUGGGCCGCCCCGGCCGCGGGCGUGGGGGGGCGCGCGGAGGCAGGGGAGGCCGCGGCGAGAGAGGCAGCAGGCCGGCACGCGGGGGAGGACGGCCCGAAAAGGCGAGCGGCGUGUCAGUCCCCAACGUGGAUGAUCCUGAGGCCUUCCCAGCUCUGGCCUAGGACCCAUUCUCCACCACCAGCCCACCCAUCAGCCCUUCCGGGGGUCCCUCCUCUACGAGGCUUGCAUGCUUACCACAUCUUCCAAGUAUAUAAGAAAACAGAAAAAAAAAAGAUUUUAAUGACAAACAAAAAAAAGACUGUCAUCCCAUACCAUCCACACCACCAGAGGACAACAAUUUUACCCGUUUUAAAGGAGAACAAAAGACAAAAAACAGCGGAAAAAGGACCUCUUGUAACACUGAAGUUUUGUAUUUAGGAAACAUGAAAGCAGGGAUGUUUUCAUACUUUUCUUUUUUUCAGAGAUUAUGCAUACAUCAGUGAUCAUUCUUUUUGUGCUGCUUGAAUUUAUGAAUUUAUGAAUUUAUUCAUUUCUGCAAUUAGGUUGAAGUGUGUGUGUGUGUGUGUAUCUUAUCCCCCUGAAGCUUUUGGGCUUUAUUUUUCUCUCCUCCUGACGUCCGCUCAGUAUUACCGGAUCAUCCUAGAAAAAGACUUUCUGCUGGAGUUCUUGUUUUCCAGUAAAUGCACACUGAUGUGGUAGCGUUUCACUACAUAGGAAACUUGUACUAGAAAUCUGAAGUAUGGCUUAACUUGCAUUUAAAGUGUAAUUACUCUGAUCCUGACUACCCACCCGUUUGCGAGGCACAAGGUCAGGAUGGGUAUCCAGGCAAAGAGACUUCCUACUAAAGCUUGGUAUUUUUCAGCUUGUUGUGCAGUGGAAGUAAAUGCCUUUUCCUGUUUUUAUUUAUUUUUUGAUAGCUUGCCUUUUAUUUGGUGGACCAGUGGUUAGUAAUGCUUUGUAUCCCCUGAUCCAGAUGUGCUACCUGUGUUUUCAGGGUGUCCCAGGGCCCAAUGUAUAUCUUUAGGCUGGUCCUCUUAGGUCAUACAGACUCUACUACUUGUAUAUUCAGGACCACUAAGCAAAUAUUGUAUUUUGUUGUUAAGAAUGUGUUUGUGUGUGAAUGUAUUGAAGAGUGUGAGGCUGACUGUGUGAAUUUGACAGCUGUUAAAUUAAAAUCUUAAAAUUAAAAGUAUUCCUCCGCUAAGAACUUGCCAUUCUCCAGCAGUAGAUUGCACGUUCUGGCCUGAAGUAGUUCAUACUGUGUUUUGAAAAGUGAUUGUUGAAAUCUAUGCGAGAACGAUAGACUGUGGAUAUAUCUAGCUCUUACAGUAUCUGUAAUAUCUUUUCAGAUCUCAAAGCACUUGGGUUUUUAUCAGCAACAAUCCCCUGAAGAUUGUGUUUUUAUUUUCCUUUUCCCUCCUGUGAACCAUAAUUGCUGUUUUUAUUUAAUUUUGUUGGUAUUUUAUCAGUGCAGCAGCACCAUAAUGCAUAAUUUGUCUGAAAGAAAUGUCCGCUGUCAUCGUGGAGCAAUCACGAGCUACAGAAUGUAUUGUACGGUGAUGUUGCUUGUAGCCACCUGUGUCAGUCAUUUCCAGUGAGCGUUUAUUUUUAUGAAGUGAGUACAUUCCACAUUUGGGGGGGGGGGGGGGGUACUGAAGGCAUUGGGGAGUGAGUUCAAAGCUUGACAUGCUGUGCGCUGCGGUGACUCGCUGGUGAUGCACUGAUACAGGUUGCUGCAAAAGUUUUCUCGUGCGACUGUUUGAGCCACGUGACGCGAAAGUUUCUCUUGCAAACAUCCCUGUUCUAAUAAAUCGCUUUAGAGGUGUUACAUGUA